UAUUCUUCGCACGUCACACUCUGGGUUCACAACGAUCUUUUCGGGAAUAGGUAACGUUAGGAGGAAAAGAUAAAAGAUAAAUUCAGACCAUCGGGACCUACUGUCAUAUUUCACUUUAUUAAAUGAAGAUCAGUCACCAGACGACAGAAAAUAUAUAGAACUGUGAUAUUUAGCGCUUCUGAACAAAAUGACCACGGAUAAGCGAAAGUGAAAGUAACUUAUAGGCCUAAUGUUAACUAAAAGCUCGUAUCAGUAUUUCAGUCAAGCGUAUUCAAAGGUUAUCAUAUUAGUAUUUUGUCAGUUGGAACAAGACUUUUAGCAGUUUAUUGACCGUUUGUUUUUACAUUUUGAUACAUUUGUCCAGUGGUUGGCUCGACGUCAAGGCCAUGGAGCCUAAUAAGAGUGUACGCUUGAGAUAACUGCUAAAUGAGGCUAUGGACACACAUGAAGAGGAAGAUGAUGUGGGGACGAUGGAGUGUGAACGAUUAAGACCAGAUAAAGCAACAUCUCCAUCACCUUCAAUCACAUCUCUACAAAGUGACCAGUCACUGGAUCGACCGAUACGGUUUAAAGAUGGAUCUCAGAGUUUUCUGGUGAUAGAAAGGUUGAGACAAGGUCAGUCAACAUCUCCAGCACCUUCAAUUACAUCUCUACAAAGUGACCAGUCACUGGAUCGACCGAUAUUGUUCAAAGAUGGAGCAGAGCGUAAAAAGGGGAAUAAAAGGUUGAGACCAUAUAAAGGAACGUCUCCAGCGCCCUCCUAUACAUCUCUACAAAGUGACCAGUCACUGGAUCGACCGAUACUGUUCAAAGAUGGAACUCCGAGCAAUGAAAGGUUGAGACAAAGUCAAACAGCAUCUCCAGCACCUUCAUGCACGUCUCUACAAAGUGACCAGUCACUAGAUCGUCCGAUACUGUUCAAAGAUGGAGCAGAGAGUUUCCUUAGCAAUAAAAGAAUGAGACCAGAUAAAAUAACAUCUCCAGCACCUUCUUCUACAUCUCUGCAAAGUGACCAGUCACUAGAUCGACCGAUACUGUUUAACGAUGGAGCUCUGGGGAAUGAAAGGCUAAGACCAGAUGAAGCAAGAUCUCCAGCACCAUCUUCUACAUCUCUAAAAAGUGACCAGUCACUAGAUAGGCCAAUACUAUUUAAAGAUGGUACACAGAGUAUAAGGAGGAGUAAAAGGCUGAGACCAAAUAAAGCAACAUCUCCUGCACCGUCCAGCACAUCUCUGAGAAGUGACCAGUCACUGGAUCGACCGAUACUGUUAAAAGAUGAAGCACCAAGUAUAAGGCUGAAAUCAAAAGGCACAACAUCUCCAGCCCCUUCAUGCACAUCUCUGAAAAGUGACCAGUCACUGGAUCGACCGAUAUUCUUCAAAGCAAGAAUGAGACCAGAUAAAAUAACAUCUCCAGCACCUUCUUCUACAUCUCUGCAAAGUGACCAGUCACUGGAUCGACCGAUACUGUUUAACGAUGGAGCUCUGGGGAAUGAAAGGCAAAGACCAGAUGAAGCAACAUCUCCAGCAUCUUCUAUAUCUCUAAAAAGUGACCAGUCACUAGAUCGGCCAAUACUAUUUAAAGAUGGUACACAGAGUAUAAGGAGGAGUAAAAGGCUGAGACCAAACAAAGCAACAUCUCUGACACCGUCCAGCACAUCUCUGAGAAGUGACCAGUCACUGGAUCGACCGAUACUGUUCAGAGAUAGAGCACAGAGUAUAAGGCUGAGAUCAAAUGGCGCAACAUCUCCAGCACCUUCAUGCUCAUCUUUGAAAAGUGACCAGUCACUGGAUCAACCGAUAUUCUUCAAAGAUGAAACACCAAGCUUCCUGACUAAAGAAAGUAUUCACAAGAAGAGCGCAGAGGAACCAUUUGAUAGACACAUUUCAUUCCGAAAGGAUACCCUAUCUCCAGAUAUCAGCACACUUUCAGCCACUCUGCUGACAGAGGAUCACUACAAGUGUCCAGUGUGCACGGAGGUCUUCAAGGAUCCAGUUUCCAUGCCCUGUGGACACAGUUACUGCAAACACUGCAUUGAGAUCUACUGGAGCAAACCAACUCAAGCUGGAGCUUACGCUUGUCCUCAGUGCAGAAAGAGGUUCAGAGAUCGUCCUGUGUUGAAUGUAAAUGUGGCUUUGUCUAAACUGAUUGAGGAACUCCAGAAGGCAGGGUUUAGUCCUGCUCUUCCUGCUCACUGCUACGCUGGACCUGAAGAUGUGCCCUGUGAUAUCUGCACUGAGAUGAAGCUCAAAGCUGUUAAAUCCUGUUUGACCUGCACUGCAUCUUACUGUGAGACACACGUCAGACAACAUUACACAGUACCAGCACUGCUGAGACACCACCUGGUGGAGGCUAUUAAUGUACCACACAAAGAAGAGAGUAAAUCACAAGAUGAAAUCAGAGAAUUGACUGCAAGAGUGAUUGAACUGGAAGCGACCUCAAAACGUUUGCGUAAAAGAUUUGAAAUUCACUGUAACGAUUUUCUCUCAGAUGUGAUUGAAAUGGCUGCUCUAAGUCGCCCUUUGAGUCUUGGAAUGUUGUAUGACAGUCAAAGAAAUUCAUUUUGCCAAGAUAUCUUUAUGUGGGAUGAAGAUACAUUAGCCCGUAUGAAAGUAUCUUUGCCUCGACCACAAACAUAUGUGAAAGUGCUGGAAAAUGACUCCCCUCAGGAAAGAUUCAGAGUCCUUGAAAUGUCCCCAGUAUUACAAAGUGGCACCCAGACUGGACAAAUAAAAAUGACUGGGGCUGCAGCUUUUCUAAUCCACCCAGAACAACAUCAGGAAAGAGCUACACUACACUACAGAACCACCACCAGACUGGACAUGAUCAGCCAAAGACUGUUACAGGAAGUAGCGCCCUCUGCAUUAGUUGGUCAAACCACAGCAACACAUGUGGUCAGCGCUGUGUACUUUGGAGCUCAAGCGUUUAUGGUUUUUGAAAGUGACAGCUCAAACCAUGAGAAAAAUGCAGAAAUUGUUGAUGUUUUAAAAAUAAUGACUUCUACCUUUUGUCCAAACCAUAUAAUUUCAAGCUUGAAUGCUUCUGAAAAAGCUAAAAGCUCAUUACUUGCUUGUAGUCUCUACAUUGAUGUGGGUGAUUGGAAGAGUCCAGUGUCUUUUGAUAAGGCAGUGGAGAUCUAUGGUUCUCUGCCAACACUGCUUGGAUCUAAAGAUGAGAGAGCAGUUCCUCUGAAGGUCUGGCUUUACCCUCUGAAGAAACUGAAUAAGAGCUCUGUGCAUGCUGCGCUGAGUGGAGUCAGUGAAAAUGUGAUGCAAAGAGCUGAGAGCAUUCUAGAACAUCUGAGAAAACAGAUCAGGAUCUGUCAAGACAUUAUAAAAGACUACAUCAAUGUAAAUGUGAUUAUGCAGUUUCUGACUUUGGAAGAUAAACUUGUAGAGUUUUUAGAGCUUAUGCAGGAAUACCAGACAACAUUUCAGAAAGAAAUUGCAGACAUUGUUCACAUUAAAGAAGGGAAAAGAGAGAGAAGUUUACAGGAUCUCCUAAAGAGGCACAGCCAAUCUCCAUUUAGUGCAGAGAAAACAAACCAGUGGCUGGAGAAUAAAGAAACUGAACUGAAGAUUCUGAAUGACUUCAGAGCUGCAGACAUCACUGUUGUGAAAUCACAGGCAGAGUUACAACAGAUCAUAAGUCAUUCUCAGAAAACCAGAGUGAUGUGUCUCACUCUUUACUCACCAGAUGUAGAAGAUUCCUUCAUCACUGCUCUGAGGCAGUACAUUGAAUCUGAUGGCAGUAUACAAAAUGAUUCACUCCUGUUUAAGCCUGUAAGCAUCGAUGAUAAGAAGAUUAUUAAAGCACAACUGUUUAUUGCUGCAAAUGAAGAUGCAGAGCAAACCAAGUUCAUUGCUGCGUUGGUACCUAGUGAUGAUUUUCCAGAAUACUCUGUGCAGUUUUAUCGUGAUGGAAGGAUUGUGAGCAGGAACGUGAAUCUUGGAACAAAAUCAGAUCUUGUCCAAAUAUCUCACAUAAAACACAUCAGUGUGUCCCUGAAACUGAAUCAAUCAGACACCAAGAGGAUUGAGAGAUAUAUAGUGGAGUACAGGGCUUUGGGUGAUGAUGGAAGCAACAACGAGCCUUGGAAACAGAUCAUUUUUGAUGGCCCAAGUAUCAGAGAAACCUGUAUGAUAUCAGAUCUAAAGUCUGGCCAUAAAUUUCAGCUGAGGUAUAUAUUUGUUGAGCAGGACUGUAUGAAUUUGAGUAGGAUUAUGAACUUUCAGACAGUGGUUACAGCAACACCUGGGAAACUCUUAGUGAAUAAGCUAGACCGAGACACUCUCAGAGUCACCUGGUUGAGGGCUGAAACUGAUCAAGAUUUUCCAGUGCUGUGGUAUAAUGUUGAGUAUAAAGAAGCAGGACUGGAGGGCUGGUCAUCAGUACAAACAGAAGGACUUGAGUGUGAAUGUACUUUAACGGUACUUCACAGCACCUGCUAUAGAGUCAGAGUCUCUGCUGUCUAUGAGGACAUCACCAGCAAACCCAGUGAGGAAACACCAGUACCAGUGGAUGUUUGGAACAUUAACCUCUCAAAGAGAAAGAGCUCCAUCCUCCUAGAAGUGCUGAAACUCCAAACAGAGAAGAAACCAGUAGAGCUGAUAGACUGGACAGAUGAAGAGAGUGAAGUGAAGGGAUUCCUCCAGUGUCUGCCCUACAUCUCACAGCUGAGGUUUGAUCGUUUUGUUUACUAUAAGAAGCAAAGCUCUUUCCAGUUCCUGGUGAAUCUGACUGUUGCAGCAUCAAAGUUUGAAACUACUGGACAAAAUUACACUGAACUGUUCACAUCUGUGUGCAGCUACACAUCUUUCCCCUUCAGUGAAAACGUCCCUAACCAUCAGUGUGAUUUCUUGCUGGAUCUGUGGUCACAUGUGAAGGACUAUGAGAGUCAAACAGGCAGGAGUGUCCUUCCAACAUUACAGCCAAUUUAUCAGUCAGCUCCUGCAGUCUGGAGAAUAAAGCUCUCAGAGAGAAAGAGCUCCAUCCUCCUAGAAGUGCUGAAACUCCAAACAGAGAAGAAACCAGUAGAGCUGAUAGACUGGACAGAUGAAGAGAGUGAAGUGAAGGGAUUCCUCCAGUGUCUGCCCUACAUCUCACAGCUGAGAUUUGCUGUACCACACAAUAAAACAGCUGUAUCGUGGGACAAAAGAAAGAGAUUUUUCAUACUGGAUUUGUGUCUGCAAGCUGCGCUCCAUCAGAAAGAGACAAUAGAAGAAACUGUGAAGAAACUGCUGUCAUCUGUGGAUUAUAAGAAAUGUGAUUUCCUGCUGGAUCUGUGUUCACAUGUGAAGGACUAUGAGACUCAAACAGGCAGGAGUGUCCUUCCAGCAUUACAGCCAAUUUAUCAGUCAGCUCCUGCAGUCUGGAUCAUAAAGCUCUCAGAGAGAAAGAGCUCCAUCCUCCUAGAAGUGCUGAAACUCCAAACAGAGAAGAAACCAGUAGAUCUGAUAGACUGCACAGAUGAAGAGAGUGAAGUGAAGGGAUUCCUCCAGUGUCUGCCCUACAUCUCUGCCCUACAACUGAGAUUUGCUGUACCACACAAUAAAACAGCUGGAUCAUGGGACAAAAGAAAGAGAUUAUUCAUACUGGAUUUGUGUCUGCAAGCUGCGCUCCAUCAGAAAGAGACAAUAGAAGAAACUGUGAAGAAACUGCUAUCAUCUGUGGAUUAUAAGAAAUGUGAUUUCCUGCUGGAUCUGUGGUCACAUGUGAAGGACUAUGAGACUCAAACAGGCAGGAGUGUCCUUCCAGCAUUACAGCCAAUUUAUCAGUCAGCUCCUGCAGUCUGGAGAAUAAAGCUCUCAGAGAGAAAGAGCUCCGUCCUCCUAGACGUGCUGAAACUCCAAACAGAGAAGAAACCAGUAGAGCUGAGAGACUGGACAGAUGAAGAGAGUGAAGUGAAGGGAUUCCUCCAGUGUCUGCCCUACAUCUCUCAAUUAAGAUUUGCUGUACUACACCAUAAAACAGCUGGAUCAUGGGACAAAAGAAAGAAAUUAUUGAUACUGGAUUUGUGUCUGCAAGCUGCGCUCCAUCAGAAAGAGACAAUAGAAGAAACUGUGAAGAAACUGCUAUCAUCUGUGGAUUAUGAGAAAUGUAAUUUCCUGCUGGAUCUGUGUUCACAUGUGAAGGACUAUGAGACUCAAACAGGCAGGAGUGUCCUUCCAGCAUUACAGCCAAUUUAUCAGUCAGCUCCUGCAGUCUGGAGAAUAAAGCUCUCAGAGAGAAAGAGCUCCAUCCUCCUAGAAGUGCUGAAACUCCAAACAGAGAAGAAACCAGUAGAGCUGAGAGACUGCACAGAUGAAGAGAGUGAAGUGAAGGGAUUCCUCCAGUGUCUGCCCUACAUCUCACAGCUAAGACUUGAUUUCUUUGUUUUCUAUGAGAAGAAAAGGUCUGUCCAGUUUCUGGUGAAUCUGAUUAUUUCAGCAUCAGAGUUUGAUAAAACGACUAGUGAAAAUUACACUGAGCUGUUCACAUCUGUGUGCAGCUACACAUCUUUCCCCUUCAGUGAAAACUACACUAACCCUCACGUUGAUCAAUGUGAUUUCCUGCUGGAUCUGUGUUCACAUGUGAAGGACUAUGAGAGUCAAACAGACAGGAGUGUCCUUCCAGCAUUACAGCCAAUUUAUCAGUCAGCUCCUGCAGUCUGGAGCAUAAAGCUCUCAGAGAGAAAGAGCUCCAUCCUCCUAGAAGUGCUGAAACUCCAAACAGAGAAGAAACCAGUAGAGCUGAGAGACUGCACAGAUGAAGAGAGUGAAGUGAAGGGAUUUCUCCCGUGUCUGCCCUACAUCUCACAGCUGAGGCUCUCUAAAGAUGCUCUUCAGCAGCUGGUUUCAGUGGUGUAUGAAGCACAGGAUGAUGAACUGACACGCUGCUUUCUGAAGGUGUCUGAGGAUCUGACUUCCUGCUCACUGACCUGGGAAGUCAUUCAUUACCUGCUGCAACAUCAAGCUCUAAAUUUCAAGUUGGACUUUAGAAAGAGCAAAACCUCUUGUGAAAACAUCAGAGAACUUCUGCCGGUGUUAGACAGAAUCCAGCUGAAACGGUUGAGCCCCAGCUUUACUCUGUCCAUCAUUAUGGAGAUUUACGAAACUCGCUUUCCUCAGUAUGUGUCCAGUCUGAUGAGUUCAAUAGGAAAUGACAUCAACCUGAAUGCCAGAGUGUUGGACUCUGUUCGCUGUGCUGCCCUGCGCUUCACUCUAGAGCACUGCAACACUGUCAAACUCAAUCUGCUCUGGACCUCCAUACCAGAGGAGGAGCUAGAGAGCUUUCUGCCUUUACUCAGCAGAGUCAAGCAACUCAGUGUUGACAGGCUGCUGUUGCUGAAGCUGCUUCAUUGCUGCAGUUCCUCUGAUCUCCAGCAGGAGGCAGCACAUGUUCUUCUCUCUGCUCUUCACAACACACUGGACUUCUCCUGCUGCUCUGCUCUGGAUUUAACAGACACACAGGAAAACCAAGAGCAUUUGAAACUAACUGAAAAAGACUGUAGAAUAAUCUCAUCUGUGCUUCAGAAAACUCAAAGCAUUGUGAAGUUGAUCUUACAGGACUGUGAGCUCUCCGAUACGGCCCUGAAACAACUUUGGCCAAUCCUGCCUCAAGUCCAGCUGAGCUGCAGUAAAGCUCUGCUGCUGCAGUUUCUGGCUUGUAUUAGUAAAGAUGGAUCUCAGAGAGGCUCUUUGAGGAGCGCUGAGGCUCUUUCACAGGCUUUGGGAGGAGAGAUGGACCUCAGUCACACUCAGUUGGACCCGAGAGUUUGUGAACAGCUGGCGCUGUUUCUGGAAUAUUCUGAAGGACUGACAGAACUGGAUCUCAGUCACUGCAAACUCACUGAUCUCUGCAUGAAGCCGCUGCUGCCACAUCUGCACAAAACCCAGACUCUGGACCUGAGUCACAAUACUAUCACAGAUGAAUCAGCAAAGAGAAUCCACAGUGUCGUCUGCACUCACAGCAAUAUUCAGACUGUACGACUUUUUAGAAACAAAAUCAGUGACAGAAAGCAGUUCAUCGGAGACAAGAGAUUUGAAAUAUGGUGAAGACCCUGGACUGGUUUAUUUGUCAAGGAUGGUUUGUAAAGAGCUGGAAACAUGAUAAAACAGUUUUAGAAUCACUUAGAACUAAACAAAAGAACUGAAUGCUAUUAGAUUUAGUAGAUUACUGUUAUGGUUUUGCAUUUAAUUUCUUUGUCAUUAAUGCAGUUUUAUUGUUCUUGAAUCAUCCAGUAUGGAUUUAAAUGAGAUGUUCAUUUACAUAGCUCUAAUAACAAAUUAUAUAUCUGAAGAAAUACUGUCUAUAUGACAUUAAAUAAAGAUAUGAUGUGCUGGAGAAAGCCAUAUGAGGAUCUGUGUGAAUAGGAAUGACAUUCACUAGCAGUGCAUCUCUAAUGUAAUCACACAUGGUGGCACCCUCCCUUUAUUUUUUACUUUUAUUGAUUUUAACGUCAUAAACCAGUGUGUACAGAGGCAGGAGAAUGAGAGUAACAUGCUGGGAAUUUAAGAAGGGCGCACAUGCACAAAUGUACAUUUACCUGUAUUCAUUACUAUGUAUAUAAAUGUAAGUAAAUCAAUUAUUAGUAUUUUAUCUGUACAAGACUGCAUUCCCAUUACUCAUGUAUUAUUUUCAUACAUAAUAACAUAUGUAAAGAAACUUUCUUCUUUGUUACCUUUAUCUUCUUAAUGUAGUUUCAUACAUGAAUUUGUAUCAUUAUUACAUGACACCCAUGACUGCUUUUAAUACAAAUCUAUGAAAUAAUGUCUCUGUGAGGCAGGGUUCCUCAAUAGGCGGCCCGCGGGCAACAUCCGGCCCCUGAGAGAAAAAAGUU